CGAUUAACCUAUUCGUUGAAAAGUAAUCAAGUAGACAGAAACAUAGAAAUGUCAAUUUCAUUAAAGAGCAUAUGAAAUAGUACAGAAUGGAAAUAAUAUUGAAUGACACUGUUGAUCCAAAGGAUUUAAGGAACUUUCGCCACCAGUAUGAGGACCAGUGUGGGCGGGGAGUUCCGAGUGAGAAGGCACAGUUUGAGUAUGCCAUUUGUCUGGUCAGGAGUAAACCAGAGAUGGAUGUGAAGCAUGGAAUAGCUCUCCUUGAAGACUUGUGCAAACGGACACAUGACAGUGAUACAAAACGAGAUUGCCUGUAUUAUCUGGCCUUGGGCAACACAAGAAUAAAAUUCUAUGAGGCUGCAUUGCGGUACUGUGAUGCAUUUUUAAAGAUCGAACCUCAGAACCAUCAAGUACGGGACCUACAAAUGCAUGCGAAGAAAAAGUUGAGAAAUGAGGGUUUAACUGGUAUGGCCAUUGUGGGCGGUGCAGCGCUAGCCAUUGGCGGUCUUAUAGGGAUGGGUGUGGCCAUGGCCAAGAAAUGAUACGCCUUAUCGGGCAUGUUGUCUUCGUGAACUUAAAUUAGGUGUUUAACAUCAUAUAUUGUUGUGACUAAAUUUCUCUCAGCAAAGAAAUGAGGCCCUGACCAAAGCUUACUUGUAUUCGAUUUUACCUUUAAUAUUCCCGAUAAAUCAGUAUGAAUAGAAUCUCUCAUCAAUUACAAAUGUAUAACUAUUAUGCAAUCUAAUACAAGCCAAAUCCAUGCUGGUUUUGUUAAAGUGUAUGAUUUAAAAUGAUAUUCUCAUAGCUAUGUGAUUUUGAGGAAAUUUUCUAUACAUUAUAACGAUUGUCCCUUUGACAAAUGUUGAACAUUAAGGUUCAUAUGGUAUUUUCAUAUAAGUUUAGCAAUAUUGAUUAUUUUUGAAAAAUGCUUUUAACAUUAAGGUUCUAAUGGUAUUUAAAUAUGAAUCGAGCAAAGUAGUUGAAAAACAAUGAUACAUAUUUACAGUUCCGUGAUACAAAUUACUCAAGUCAUUGUAUGAUUAUUUUAUUCACAUAUUAAGGUUUUUUUUGUCUACAUGUUUAAUGUUAUAGAUAUAUGUGCUAUUGUUGUAAUUAUUUGUUUAAAUGUGUCUAAUCUAAGUCAGUAUGUAUGUGUAUUAUCUCUCAAUAAAUUUGUGAUGAGAUUGUGAA